AUGAGGCUGCUUAACGUCAAAUCGAGGGAGCUUCAUGAAUUCUUGGGCUCCCAAGUGCCCAAUUACGCAAUUCUAAGCCACACAUGGGGUGAUGACGAAGUCCUCUUCAACGACAUCCAGCGUGGGACUGCGGAAAAGCGACGUAGCUACGAUAAAGUCAUCAACUGCUGCCGCAAAGCCACCGAGGAUGGUCUGCAGUGGGUAUGGAUUGACACCUGCUGUAUCGACAAGUCUAGCAGUGCCGAGCUUUCCGAGGCCAUCAACUCCAUGUACCAGUGGUAUGCGGAUUCCAGUGUCUGCUACGUGUAUUUGGAGGAUGUUGAAUUCGGUCUCGAGCACGGCCUGCUAUCCGACACAAUCUCAAUCAAGCCCAGUCGCUGGUUCACGAGGGGCUGGACCCUUCAAGAGCUUCUUGCCCCCUCGUACAUCAAGUUCUAUACAUCUAAUUGGGUGGAUAUCGGGACCAAGUCGAGCCUGGCGAAAUACAUAUCGAGUAUCACCCUCAUACCCGUACCCAUCCUCCGAGGACAUGAUCCAUCCAAAUGCAAAAUCGCACAACGGAUGUCUUGGGCAGCAGGGAGACAGACCAGUCGGCUCGAGGAUCAGGCCUAUUGCCUGCUUGGUCUCUUUGGGGUGAAUAUGCCUCUGUUAUACGGCGAAGGGUCAAGAGCUUUCAUUAGGCUCCAAGAGCAGAUUAUGAGACAGGAAGAAGACUAUAGCAUUUUUGUUUGGUCAGCAACGUACCAGCCUCCACACUUAAUGAGGGGCCUUCUCGCAUCGUCGCCGGCUGAAUUUGGAGAGCGUAGUGGAAAUGUAGAUUUCCGCCCCGAUCCCUUCUUCCAUAGCCAAAACGAUCAAUCGAUGCUUGAUGAGCUGGUGAAUCAGAAGCAGCUUGUUGGCGAAAUGCAUGGUCAGUCCUUCCAAUGGAGAAAGGCAACGCCAGGUAUCACUCUGUUUGAAAAGCUCCAGAUCGAAAAGCAGAUGGAGAUUAUCAACCAUGACUUCCAGCAUUCACCUACCGGAUACGUACCGCCAAAUCCGCCUGAACAAACCAGCCGGGGCCUCCGCAUCAGCUUUCCUAUUCUCGAGUCAGCCCAUCCUACUAUUCGCCUCGCUUGGAUUCAGUGUGAGUUUCGUAAUCGGCUACUCUGCAUCCCACUGAGAACUAUGGCAACUGGUACAUACGAACUAUCCUAUCGUUUCUCCCCGACCUCGCUCAUUAGUGUCGACAAGUCAUUGCUGCCAGAAUUUAAAUUGCAACAAUGUCUUUUCCAUCCCUACGAGGACUGCUCCCGGAAACUUGGACCUGGGAUCCCAUGGUCUUCUCCGGGAAUGGUGCGGACUUGCCUGGAAGAUUCUAACCUACAUUCCAUCGGCUUCUGGCCACCAUUCACCGUUGACGAGAAUCAGUUCCCAUUUAAUAAAGGCCCUGAAUCGCACAUAGUAGCUGUGCUUGAGUUGGAGUAUAAUGCAAAUUCAGUCCGCAGCCGCUUCCGCGUUUCUUUUGGUAUCGUCAAUGGUGUCCCUUGGUGCACUAUAGAUCAAGACGAGCAAGAUAAGGAGGCCAAAAGUCUGCGCUCUGUAUGGGAUGAAUAUGCUCACGCGAUGCCAGAGCUCUCACAUACGCUAGGAGAUCGAGUUUCCAAGACAUCACUUCAAUCCUCCAAAGUUAUCCUGAACGCUUCAAUACAUCGCGAUGUGUUGGUGGCACGGGAUGAAAACUUGUACGUUCUUGAAGUUGGAGUUUAUGAUGCCUCUUUAGAGCACUCGAACUUUGCUGCAAGUAAAUGA